AUGGAACAUCAGCUUUUUCACCAGCCAUCAACCACGCCCGUGAUUGUAUGUAAGCUAUGUGAAUAUGGUGUUCGACCAAAAGAGGUUUCUCGCCACCUCCAAUCUACUAAUCAUCGGAUGCCGAAGCCAAAAGCGCGCCAAAUUGCCGAGGCAGUUCAACAAUGGGAGCGUGCGGCGGAAUGUGAUGAAUGGCAGCCGCCAUUAGCGGUUAAUCAGCCCGUUCCUAAUUUGCCUGUAUAUUCAGAUGGCAUUUUAUGCGAGCAAGGCCCGAUGUGCCAGUUUGUUGCCCGGUCAAUUGGCACUAUGCGACAACACUGGCGUGAUCAUCACAGCUGGGUAGCUCCUACAAACCGGGGCGGUCGUCGGCGGCAGCAUACUUCAUCAGCUGCGGAGCAACAGAUCCAACAAUUCACUCGUAUCGUCCGAUGCCAACGCGCGUUUAACCAGGGGCCAGGGUCCCAUUACAUCCGCGUUCAAACCCUCGGAGCCGAGGCCAUUCCCGGGGCUGAUUUGUUAGCAAUGUCUGAUCAUAACAGUGAGGUGAUUGAUCAGAUGGAAAGAGCAUAUGCCGAAAGAGAGGAGCUCCCCCAGGUGAUCGUGGCUAGCCAGCGAGACGAGACGAAUCCAUGGCUUCGGAGGACCCAAUGGGCCGUCUAUCUCCAGGGGAUCAACCCGCACGACCUAGUGGACUGUGUCCGAGCCCCCGAUCCCGAAUCUGUUGAUCAGACCGAGCAAGCUGCCUAUGCAAUUUGGAAUUCAAUGGCCGCUGUGGCUCGCAUCAGCCAGUUGAUCUGCACCAAAACGAGCCACACAAUUCGGUGCGAGGCUGUUCGGACUGAGCGGGAUCGCCUGCCACAUCAACCACUACAAGCAUAUAUGGAUGCUGAUAACGUUAAGCGACACACGAUCCCGUGGCAGCAGAUUCUCAUGUUUUUCACGCGCACGCAGGCCCCACACGACUGGGCUAGCCCCCACUAUAAGUUGUCAAAACGCCAGCGAGUGGCAUGGACCACACUAUGGAGACUAGCCCAGCAGGUGACCCAUCGCCAGGGCAGGGCAGGCCAUUCUAACACAGGCCAGGGCAGUGAAGACCUGAGCAGUUCGGACCAAAGCAGUGUGCAUUCAGGAAGUGAUUCCGAGGACCAACAGGACCAAAUCACUAGCGAAUCCCCCUUUCAGCUCACACCCCUUGACUCCGCCUGUCUCGACUUUUGCAUUGAGCUGUUAAACCACCGAACUAAGGUCGAGGACUAUGAGAGCGCGCUCAUCUGCGCUAGCGCGGUGCUUGGACGUGGAGAGGCAGGCUGGGGCACUGCCCAGAGCUAUCCUCCAAUCUUGUCAAAAGUGAUCAAGAUUGCUCGGUUUAUGGUGGUCCACAAAGCAUUAAAGCUAGACCCAACGGCCGAGAAGAUGAUUCACCAACUAGCUACGCAUCAGAUGGCUGGCGAAUGGGAUACAGAGAGUCCGUUAGAUUCGCCUGAUUUCACGUUUCUAACGCAAACAACGGACGAUUGGUUUUACAACGAUAACGAUGGAGAUCAGGGGGCAGCACAGCCAUCGCACUUUGUGCAGUUUAGCCAGGGCCACACACAGGGCCACCGCCAACGAUCAUUCCGGGAGUGGGUGACCGAGAUGGUCAGCCAGUUUAUGGUCCGCGGCACUAACAGUCCAAUGCAGUGGCUGUUAGAUCUACGCACCUACGGCUUGAAGAUCCAUUAUAACAGCACCGCCACAGGCCAUGUUGGCUGGAUGAACCAAGACCAGCUGUUAUAUCAACAGUACAGUUUCACUAUGGGUGACUUCCGCGGCUUUACCCACGCCCUCGUAAGCUCCACACGCCAGAUACUACACGAAGAGCUCCUGUUUAGUCAGGCUAGCUCAGUUCCCACGAUCCCGUGGCAGGCUAUCUAUGAUGAUCCCACCGAGACCGCGCACGGGUGGAGCUUUCUAAAAGACACUCGUACGGUAUGGCCUGUGGCCGGUGCCGAAUGGAUGGUGAAUCGGGUCCGAAACGAGAGACCACUCCAGCAGCGUUUCAUCGAGUCUAGUGCCGGCCGGCUCCGAAUGUCGAAUGUGCACAGUUAUCUCCAACGGGUAGCCCAUUUCCGCGAGAAGCUAGCCAUUGCUGUCCACGUCAGCGGAGGCCAGCCUGCACGGGCACCAGAGCUGUUAAGCAUUCGGCACUACAAUACUGAUAGUGGAGGCCACCGGAAUGUGUUUGUCGAAGAUGGUCUGGUAGCGUUUGUUACGCAGUACCACAAAGGGUUUUAUAGUACGAACGACGUGAAGGUUAUUCAUCGGUAUCUACCCCGGGAAGUAGGUGAGCUAGUGGUUUGGUAUCUAUGGCUAGUGCUGCCGUUUGUGGAGAGAUUGGAGGCGUACACACAGAAGGUGCGCGGGGAGGCAUCUGAUGCUGAGACGACUGGCCCCCGUCGACAGGCAUAUCUAUGGUCCCCUGACCCUGGCACCGGCCGGCAGUGGUCCUCGGAGAGACUGAGAGAAGUGCUAAAGCGAGAAACCACCAUUGGUUUGAACGGGCACGCCAUCAAUCUCCAUGCAUACCGAGACAUCGCCAUUGGGAUCAGCCGACGAUUUAUGCGGCCAUCGAGCAUUUUCCCCAAUAAUGCCCAACAGGACAGUCGGGCCGAGGCAUCCCAAGAAGAUGACGAAGAUGGGAUCAAUGCCGAGCAAUGGAUGGGCCAUAUUGCCGAUCUCCAAGCAGCCCAUUCAUCCCAUGUGGCCGGGAUGAUCUAUGGCCGCGGGAUCACCGAGCAGCCCGGUACAACGGCCCACCGGCGAGAGAUGUUUCGGCUCAGCAGCACCGAUUGGCACCGCUUUCUAGGCUUUGUGUCCGCUGAUGACGGAGGGGCCGAGAGCGCAUUGGGGCUCGCGCAGCCUUCGCCAUGGCAAAAAGAAGCUGAGAUGAGCCGCACGGAGCGCCGGUGGCAGCUAGCCCAGGCCGCCAUCGAGCCUGAGAUGCAACGGAUGAUGGGCAACACCGGGCUACGGCUUCGAGGGGUGCAGGCACCGGCAUUAGCUGCCAUUCAACAGGGCCAGAGCCCAGUGGUGGCUGUGAUGCCCACCGGCGGCGGCAAGAGCCUGCUAUUCAUGCUACCCGCGUGGAUCAGCCCCCGAGGGGUAACGGUGGUCGUUGUGCCGUUAAUUGCACUACGGGGUGAUCUCGUCCACCGUUGCCGGCAGCUCGGCAUCGCAUGUGUGGAAUGGGAGAGCCGGCGGCCAGCUGAUCAAGCAUCCAUUGUACUGGUCACGCCCGAAUCGGCUAUUACGGAGGACUUUAUGACGUUCUUAAACAGGCAGCGGCUCGGCCAUCGGCUAGAUCGAAUUGUGAUUGAUGAAUGCCACGUUGUGCUAAAUGACCAAAGCCAAUUCCGGCCUGCUAUGGCCCAACUAGGCAGGUUGAUUGUGGCCCAGGCCCAGAUGAUAUAUCUAACGGCUACGUUGCCCCCGGCAGCCGAGGACCAGCUAUUCCGGCGUUUACGGACUACCCGCGAGAAGGCCCAUAUGUUUCGAGCGCGGACCCAUCGGACUAAUGUUGCGUACCGGCUCUGGCAACCCAACGUGCCGAGUCGGUACCGAAACGGCUACGAUUGGAUCGAGCGUCCCGAGAUCGUGAGAUUCAUUCAGGACCGUGUUCGGCGUGCCCGCUGCGCGGCUGGCCGAGUGGUCAUUUAUGGGCCCACUACUAAGAUCGUCGAGCACAUUGCCCAGAUCGUAGGCAGUGAAGCAUACCAUAGCCGAGUAUUCGAUCGUCCGGGCGUGCUAGCCCGAUUUCAGGCUGAUCCCACCGGCGUGGUGGCCGCAACUAGUGCGCUAGGUAUGGGGGUUGAUAUCCCCAACAUCCGGUGUAUCAUUCACAUCGGGGUGCCGCGCAGUCUGCUAGACUACGCGCAAGAGAGUGGGCGAGCGGGCCGGGAUGGGGACCGCAGUGAGGCCAUUAUCAUUCAGCCCGAGGGGUUCCAGCGGCCAAUAUGGGACCAAAUCCAUGAGGACCCCAUCAAGGCUCAGGCGGAGCAGAGCCGGCUAGAUCUAUUGCGGGGAUUCUGA